UUGACAUCCAUGUUAAUUCAUGGUGGUAUUUUAUGGCGCAUUAGGUGACUUGGUAAGACGAAUCAGUUGCUUCACGAGGCUUAAUUCUGGCACUUAUCACCCCCCAUACCUCCCCUUUCUGCACCGCUGCUUUGUUUCACAGGCAAGAUCACAGCAGAUAUUUGGCAAGGCAGGCUGCGUGUGUGUGCGCGACAGGCUGGCUGGCUGGGCUGGCCGCAUCGGGAGCAGAUACGAUUUGUUUCUGUGAUUACCACAUUGUUGUUCUUUUUCUCUGUACUCUGCCAUUUCCGGGCCGUAGAGUGGAUAGCAGCUCAAGUCAGAUUUGAUGGUGAUGUUGAGUACGUGUAUCUGAUUUGGCUAGGUCGAGGCCAGGAGCAUCUUUAACAGCGUGAAAGUCGGAUAGAGGGAGGAAAAGCGAGAGAAACUGCGUUGUCCAUAUUGCGUCCGUCUGUCGCGCUCCGCGGUUGUGAAUGGACUGCGCUCCCUCAGUGUUUAUCUGCAGUCACUUCGAGUCGUUUCUGGAGGAAGAUGGCGGACAGGGAUGAGAUGUUCUCACUCUCCACCUUCCACUCCCUCUCUCCUCCAGGCUGCAGGCCUGCCCAUGACAUCAGUCUGGAGGAGUUUGAUGAUGAUGAUCUGUCUGAAAUCACAGAUGACUGUGGAAUAGGACUCAACUACGACUCUGAUCCAUACGAGAAGGACUGUCUGAUUCUGGAGAAGAGCGAUAUUCACCACCAGGUCUGCUCCUUCCAGGAUGACUUCCAGGAGUUUGAGAUGAUCGAUGACGAGGAUGAGGAGGAUGAAGAGGAGGUGGACCCUGACGCUCCACCCUCCCCCUCCGCUUCCCUUCCUCCUUCCCCUACCCUGGGCACGCUGAAGAGCCGGCCCACCACCCUUAACCUCACCACCACUCUCUCUCUCUCUCAGGACUCAUUGAACAACAACAGCAGUCUUUCUCCAAAGAAGGGCAGCUGGCAGCACUCUCUACGCAAGCCCACCUCACAAGGCCGUCUGUCUCCAGCCCACUCUUGUCUGGAAGAUGCGAGCCACUUGACAGGCCAGUGCCCUUCCCAAACAGCCCCCCAGGCCCCAGCGUCCCAGAGCAAAGGCUCCUUCGGUCAACACAAGUCUCACCUGGGCUCUGACGAGGUCAUUAACUCCUCAGCCGACCACGAGGUCGACCACGACCUCAACAACGCUGACCACAACCACAAAAGUUCACGGUCCUGCAUGUCCACCCAGCGACGUCCCACCGACACCUACACGGUCAAUACUAAGUCAGGCCUGGACCGGGAACUGGAAAACGACCCAGACGGGACCAGCCGAUGCCUGUCCUCCACUGCUCCCAUUGGGGGAAAUGACGGAGCUGACACCCCUCUGUCAGGUGAGGAGCUGGAGAAAGAUUUUGACGUAGAGUUCAUGUGUAAGGAGACCUAUGACAUGGCAUGUAAGGAGAACCAGAGCUCAGUCUACGUUGAAUUCCCCUCCAUCGAGCCCUGUGAGCUGGCUUCUUUCUCCAGCUAUAUGCCAUCAAGCCGCUCCGAUGUUCUCGACCAAUCCAGAAGCACUGACCAGAGCGAGCUUCCAGCUACAGCCAAUGAGGGGGCCAAUGACUCCACCUCUCCGUCCUCGGACCCUGGCAUCGCUGACAUGAACGCCAAGCGGUGCUACGCUACCUCAGACCAAGAGCAUGACCUGAGCUCUCCCGGGUCAGAAUCAGACAUUGAGGGGGAGCUGGAGGCAGCGUUUGCCUGCGGAGGACCCCUGGUCUCCAAUAUGAUCUCCUCCAUCUCAGAGACAGAGCUGGAUAUGACCAGUGAUGACAGUAGUAGUGGACGCUCCUCCCACCUCACCAACUCCAUCGAGGAGGCCAGCUCACCCACCUCCGAUCAGGAACUGGGCCCUGACAACGAGUUAGAACAGGACAGCAGCAUUGUGGGAAUGAAGGUAUCGCUCCUCCUUGGCCACCCAGACCCCAUCAAAGUGGGCUCACCCUUACCUUCACCACUACCCUCUCCCAGCCUAGCCACCCCCCCCCCUGCUGACUCCCCCAUCCUGCCCCCAGAGCCAUAUGAUGACGGCCAGGCUCUGAUGGGCCUACAGAGUGUAGAUGAUUAUGAUGAAUUUCCCUAUGAGCACCAGCCUGACCCAGAUGAGGCCCUGCCCCCACCCCCGCGCUGUGAGGACAGAAUCUCCAAACAGAUGGUACUCCAGAUAGAACCCGACCACAGCCUGGAGAGCUUCAAACGCUCCUUCUACCUGCCAGUGGGACCCAGACUUAUACCCACUCACGCUGACGACUACGACGGUAACAGUGAGGGAGAGUCCGAGUCGGAGAGCGAGGACGAGCUGAGCGAGAAUUCAGACUCACCCUGGUUGCUUAACAACCUGGUGAACAAGAUGAUCUUGGAGGGGUCUUAUCCAAUUAGCUGUCCCGAGGACUGUUUCAAGAGGUCAGUGUCCGUCUCGGACACCAUCUCACCCUCCUCAGACAUCGAGCCAGACACGUUCACCGACGCUGCGGGUGAAAAAAUUCUGAAAUCUGGGACGAAGGAAUCGAAGGAUAAAAAAGGGAAGGGUCUGAGGAAGGAGUGGAAGGAGAGAGAGAAGAUGGAGAAGAGUGCAGAGCUGCCCAAAUGGAAUACAGGGAAAGCCAACGAUCGAUUUGGCCCCUGUCUGUACAAGAGCAAUCCCACAGCUGACACCAUCAGACCGGUGAUCGUGGAGCGUUAUGGCAACAGGGUAUCCACAGACAACAAUCACACUCACGCUGAGAAAGAAAUCACCAGCCCUAAAUCAGGCAAAAACACCAAGAGGAAGGAUGAAAAAGAGGAUGAUGAUGAUACUGUGGAGCCCGAUAACGACCUGAUGAUGCUGGAGGACAGGAAGGAGCUGGACCCUCCCAGUCUGAGUGAGAGCGUGGCGAUUGACAAGGACGAGGGCCGCGAGACAGAGGCCAAGCCCACCGGACGUUCUACGGCCUCCCUGGAACGCAUCACCACGGUCAAACACAGCAUGACCCUGGACAUCCCCACAGCCCAGACCAACCGAUGCUUCAGCCUCACCUACUCCACUGACAACGAUGAGGAAGAGGGAGACUCCUCCCCGUUCCUGAGCUGCCUGAGGAAGCAGUCAGCCUACGGUGGCAGCCACCAGUACCUGGAUAGCUCUCCGCCCAUCGACGAGAGCGUUCGAGACCUCACCCUGUUGGAGCAGGAAGGCACCCUGUGUGAGAGAGACCCUCUGCGGUCCCAGCCGGAUGACGACGGUCUGGCAUACGACUCUAUGAAGUACACUCUGGUGGUGGAUGAGAACACUACACUGGAGCUGGUCAGCCUCAGGAGAUGUACCUCUGUGCUGAGUGAUGACAGUGAGCUGUCUACACUGUGUGAUGAUGACCCUCUGGGGAUGGGGGAGGUGGGGUACUUCCGGGGGAACGGAGGGGUGCGGCCAGAACUCCUCAGCUCGUCAGAAGACUCCUCACCUGAGGCUGACAUGCACUUCUCCAAGAAGUUCCUCAACGUGUUUGUCAACAGCACCUCACGAUCCUCUAGUACAGAGUCAUUUGGGCUGUUCUCCUGUACCAUCAACGGAGAGGAGAGGGACCAGACACACAGGGCUGUAUACAGGUUUAUCCCCAGACAUGUGGAUGAGUUGGAGCUGGAUGUGGAUGACCCUCUAUAUGUCGAGGAAGAGGAGGAUGACUACUGGUACAGAGGCUACAACAUGCGGACGGGAGAGAGGGGGAUAUUCCCAGCCUUCUACGCCCAUGAGGUCAUAGGGCAGUCCAAGGAGAUAAUGGGAAUGAAGAAGAACCCAGCCUGGAUGGACAGUUUCAGUGUUCAGUUCCUGGGUUCUGUGGAGGUGCCCUAUCACCAAGGCAAUGGCAUCCUCUGUGCUGCCAUGCAAAAGAUUGCGAUAGCGAGGAAGCGGACGGUCCAUUUGCGGCCCCCCUCUCUGUGUGAGCUGGAGAUCAGUCUACAAGGGGUUAAACUGGUGAUGAGCCUGGAGGAUGAAUACGACACUAUGGAUGAGUUUGACAGAUGUAGUCACUUCUUCCAGAUGAAGAACAUCUCUUUCUGUGGAUGCCAUCCCAAAAACAAUUGCUACUUUGGCUUCAUUACUAAACACCCCAUGCUGAACAGGUUCGCCUGCCACGUCUUUGUCUCCCAGGAGUCAAUGCGGCGUGUGGCCGAGAGUGUUGGACGGGCUUUCCAGGAGUAUUACCAGGAGCACCUGGAGUACGCCUGCCCCACCGAAGACAUCUACCUGGAGUAGAGCAGGCAGGAAGUAGGAAGUGUUGCCAUGACAACUAUCUCUUCUUCUUGCUGCUGCUUGUGUAGGUUCAUCAAUCUCACCACCAGAGGGUACUGGUGGCUCUUCUUUCCGUUGUAAAAUACUCCAUAUAUACAGUAUCCCUCUAAAACUGGAAUGUUAAUUUCCGUUCUACAGUAUGCGACGUGUUUUAUUCAUUUGACUUAUUUAUUGAUUCAUUUGUUUACAAGUUUAUUUUCCAUCUUCUAGAUGGAUCGCCUGUUUCUUUUUCUAUGAUACAGUUCUAGGACUAAGUCUUGGCACCUUAUUUUAGAUAUUAUGUAUCCUCUUCGGUUUAAAAAACAAUAACAACAAUGAUAUUCCUACUGCUAUUUCACAUGUUCCAAUGCAUGGCUAGGAGGGUAAUGCACACACAAUCACACACAGAAAAAUUAGGACACACAAAUAGCGCAACAAUCAAGAGGACAUGAAGCAUAUUAUUUGGUCAGGUGUGGUUUGGUGUAAAUAUGUUUUUGUUCAAAGAUCGAAGAAGAGAGAGAGUACAGUGAUGUGAUUGGUCCGAGCAAACACCUGUAUCGUGUACAAGAAAUGAUGUGUUCUGUAAAUAUACACAUUAGGAACACCUAUGUAUAGGCAGUAGAGAAAUACAGAUGACUCAUACAAACUAUGUAAGUAGCAUCCACAACCAAUAAUCAAACAAGAGGAAGUAGAAAGAAAGAGAGGGAUGAUGUUUUAGCCCAGUGUUUACCAAAUGGUGGGACUUGGACCUAUUUCAGAGAGCUUACACUGGUUGUGUUAUGUGGCUUAUGCCUGGUUCCAAUUCUCUUCUCUAGUUCCUUCCCCAGCUUUGAAGUCCACCAUUUUUUUAUUCAUAGUUUGAAAAUGUACUGGCGUCAGAUCUGAAAGGACUGAGCAGGUGUAAGCGAUGUGGUGAUGGCCACAGUUAGCCCUUCAAUUGAGCUAAAUGGAGUUGCCAUCAGGAGCUAGGGGAAGGGACUAGGGGCCAAAAUGGAAUGAAGCCUCAGUUUUGCAAUGGAGGCUCUUCAUCAUAUUGGUCAUUUUGACAUUGAAAGGGUUCUGAUUUAUGUUGAUGAUGUUGACCUGAUAGUAAGCCCUGCCCACCACGGUCCAGAACAGUCUCAGUAGUCAUCUAUCAUUGGACAACAGCUCCUCUGAUCAAAUCUCCAAACACAGCAGAGUGGCAGGAAGAGGUUGCUAUGGAAACAGGGGGGUGAUAACUGUCAGCGCUUUGGGAACAGAGAGGAAGAGAAAAAGAGGAGAGAAUCAUUCAGCUUCUGGACUUCUAAUGGUGCAAAUACAGUAUUAUAGAAACAUCCAAUGUUAUAUUCCAUUCUAUCUGGUCCAACGGUGAAGUGUCCUAAUGUACAUGUACAGACAUAAUCAGUCUGAAUAUCAGGUUGAGGACAGUUGAAGGUCCUCUUCAGGAGAAGCCAUAAUCCCACGGUUCUGACUGUUCAACACUACUCCCUCACAGGAAGCACUGUUGUACAAGUGGGUGUCGGUCCCUGUUUGAGUUGAGUCCACUGAGAAUAAGGCCAGAUUGGCCUUGGUUGACUGUACAUAAGGCAACAAGGAAAGUAAAGUCAUGACAUAGAUAAUGCUGACUAAGAAAGUAGUGGUGCCUUCUCCUGUGUCCUUCUACCUUCUCUUUAAGGUCGAUCAAGUCAAAAAGAGGAUAGAGUCUAAAAAUUAAAGUUUUCAAGAUAUUGGACUUUCAAGAUGUCACCGGCCACAUCAUCAUGAUGAUGCAAAAUGCUGAACAAUUAUGGAAAAAAUACAAAAAGGUAGUUUUUGAGAGGAGUUCCCCUUUAAGUUAGAAAAAGGUUUGAUAUUGACUUGCCACCAUUGAAAGACCGGUAGUUUCUUGGAUAUAAUAGGCUUUGGUCCGACCAACACAGUUUUACAAGUUGACUUUACAAUGUCUAAUGGCUCAUAUUCUGCCUGAUAAAUGUCCUGAGAAGUUGACCUUUCCACAUGUACUCCUUGAUUUCACUCUUAUCAUAGGUAAUAUACAGUACAUCGUUUGCGUACUUAUAAUAGGACAUUUUACUUUCUACAGUUGUCUUUUCCAGUUCACAUAGCAUACAGUAUAACAUCUAAACAGAUGAAGGGAGUAGAGAGGUGGCCAACACAGAAUGAAUUGAAAUAACAGGUGUCAUACUGCAAUCCCCAAUAUCAGGUUGAGUAUAGAAGACGAGGGAUGCUCGUCUACUUCUACUGCUUUUAUUCUUCAACGUGUAUCAAACAGCAAAAAUAAGAUCUUGUAGAGGAGAGCAUUGUUGAUCUGCUGGUGAUGAGGAGGCAUGGGACCUCCAUGGUGACCAGUUUAUUAUUUGUGAAAGUGGUGUCAGUAGGAGGGGAGAGAGGGUUAAAUCUAAAUGUGUAUCGCUGUCGGUUAGAUCCUGUAAAUACUAUAGAGUCAACAAGAUAGUGCUGUGUCCUUUACGUUAAGUAUGUUAUUGAAAUGGAAUAUGUAAAAUAAAAGGGAGACGAAUUCAAAAAAGAACCAUGAAAACCACGAUGGAAAAAGAUAAAACAUUGUACAUUUCCUUUUAUUAUUUGUUUUAAUUUGAGCGUGUUGCCUUUCCAUACACGUCUCUACAUCAACCACGAAGUUUUGUGAACCACUAAGUUCUUGCUAACUCAGACAUUCACCCCACAGACAGGCUUCAGCAGCACUGCUUUUAGGCAAAUCUGUGACAUUGUUAUUAGGGGACACACGUAACGUGUCACCUUUGACCUUGCUGAUAUCCAAUGCCACACCCACUCAAGUGCUGGCCACUCCGCUGAUAAAGCAGAGUAGUAGAGAUUAACCAAUUAAAAUAGCUUUCAGAGUCUGCUUUCACACGGGAACUAGAGGUGGGACCAAGUCACUAUUAUUCGAGUCACUGCAAAUCUCAAGUCACAAGGUCCAAAUCGAGUCCCAAGUAGAACGGGUUUAGUCUUGAGUCAAGUCCUAGUCUUGCAUUCUAAGAGCGAGUCGAGUCACAAGUUUUUUUAUGUCUCAAAUCAAGUUUUUUUUUUAACUAUACAGGCAAAGGCUUGUUUAACUACAAAUCUUUGUCUAUUUUUUUAGGCUACCAGACAGCCCUUUUCAUUAUUUUGCUAACAACACAUUUUGAUUAUGUAAUAAUUUAUUUUACCAAAUUCCAAAUGCAAGCCUUAUAAGUAAAUUAUAAAUUUCAAGCAAUUUUGACAUACCAAAACACCAGUAGGCCCGGCCUAUGCUAGAAAUUGUUGCUUGAUACCCCAUUGCUGGUGAGCUUGCAAAGUAAACAGUUGAUAUUCUUGAUCAUCAGCAAAAAAAAAAUGAGAUGUAUAUUAAUUUAUGACAAUCCUCUGUCCCUACAAUUUGACGUUUGCACUGCACACGAUCCUAUAUAGCUGUUCAGCAAAUCAGCAAUCUGUUCGCCAGCUCAGUGGUUUUCUAACUGUGACCCGCAACCCCCAAAAAUGAGUGGUUCAAAGUUUGAGACCCCCACGCAAAGGUGCGCACAAUCGCUGCUCAAAUUUAGCCUAUCAUUACAGCCAAAAAACGGUGAUGCAUUUUCAAAACGAAAGAUACACAAAUAAACUCUGUUUUACACCUGCAUUUUGAGCUGAAAGUCAUUCAAGUUAGCUGUCGAUAUCAACUAGGGAUAUCAUGUCACAGUGACCACGUUUACAUGCACACCAAUAUCCCGUUAUUAUUCGGGAUACUCAAGUAUUCUGUUUUUGAGAUGGUGCAUAUAAACAUCAUAUCCCAAUUACAAUAACCCAAAAAAGCUUGUGUCCUGGUUAUGAGAAACCCAGAUAAAAUGCCUGGGAUAUGCUGAUCUUAGAUGGGAGGUAAACAACUUAUACCCUUUACUGUUGUUUUUCGCUGUCUGUGCAGGCUCAGUUGCACAUAUCAUGGGUUUUGUGCAGUCUAUGGUGUUCUGCGAUAAUGUUUUCAUCUGAUUGUCAAAUCACUUCAAAAGGUGGGCUACCUGUGCAGUUCAAUCCACCAUAAUUCCAUCAUUUAUUUUGCCCCUACUCCAUACUGGACCGUAUAGCCUACUAGCUACAUUCACCACUCAUUUAGACAACUUUCUGCUUAUAAUUUCUGACAUUUGGUAGGCCAUAUUAUAAUUUCCAGUAUUUGGUAGGCCAUAUUAUAAUUUACUACAUUUGGUAGGCCAAUUGUUUGUCAACUAUGGUUAGAUAGGCCUACAUGCAGCUUCUCUUGUCAUAAAUUGUUGCCCCAGAAGACUAAAUAAAGUAGUGCUCACCAGAAUAAUGUCUUACAUUGAUAGAAUGAAUGUAUUAGUAAUCUAGUUAAUACCUGUAAAGUUGUCUGUUUUGUUUAUAGACCUGGAAGAAAAUGCAACAACUCCAAAGCAGUGGAAAGAUUGGUCCUGUGCAAAAUGUAAAAAUGUAAUCAUUUUGACUGGUUUUAAGGAAAAGAAAAGCUGAGAAAACAAUUAAACACAUUUCUGAUAAGACUUCAAUUUGGCUUGG